AUGCAGCAGGGUCCACCUCAAACCUUACGGUACUACCAGUGCCCUCCGAUCCAGAGAUAUAUAACGGAAAUCGCAAUAGGCCAGCAUCAGCCUCAGAAGCCGGUCGACCAUGCCUGGCAGAAUAUCCUGGCGCAUUAUUUCCGAACCUCUCAUUCCUCUGUAGAGAGGGAAGCAUACCUAAAUUACCCUCAAUCGAUGAGUAAGGCUGAUGUCUCUGUGGUCAAUUUUAGGAACAAUGGCUUCCACGAGGUCAUUGUAGUCGAAGCCAAGAAGCCCACAGGAAGGGCCCCUACCGAGCAUAAGUGGAAUGGAGUCCGGCAACAGCUCCAAGACAACAUGUUAGCCUUCAGAAACAGGCUAGGCAACGUACAGACCAUGUACGGAGUUGCAGCAGUUGGGUCUCGUGCUCGAUUUUACGUCUUGUUCAUGAAUCAGAAUGUUCUGGUUUCAGAUACCGAAGACGGGAUCCUUGCUAACGACGAGGUGGUGGAUCUGUGCGAUGAUGAGCAGAAUAUCCAUCUCUUGCUGGAAGCGAAGUUGGCGAGGAUCAACAACCGUCAGAAUAACACCUGAUUGGGUUGGUUUCUGCGACGGCAAAUGGGGAUGGCACUUGGGACAUACUUUUUUCUACCAGGACUACGGGCUUGGUGUCGUCGCUUGUCACGUCUGUGUCAUUUCCCCUCAGUUCGGCUGGUCCGGACUGGGGCAUCCUCUUUUCGGCUUGUCCGGGAGCAGGGAGUCCAAGUACUUCAUCGGGCCAAUGGAAUAUGGGGUUGUCUUUGAUGUUAGAAAGGCAUCUUCAUGUAUGCGUCACUAGUCAUUGUGGGCAGAAGUGCAAUAGUUGUGUGUUUACAGGCCUUAUAAACCACCCUGAUUAUUUAGUAUGGAUAUGAAAGCGAU